GACGAAGUCAGGAAAACAUUAGUAACUAAACUCUCUUGCGUUUUGUCUUACUGCAGCUGUGGAAAAAUGACAUGCAAGAAGAAAGGUCUUCUCAAAGUCAUCCUCCUGGGGGAUAUGGGUGUUGGGAAGACCUCCUUAAUGAACCAGUAUGUGAACAAGAAGUAUAGUAACGAGUACAAACUCCAUUUAGGAGCAGACUUCCUGACGAAGGAGGUGAUGGUUGACGACCGGGUUGUUGUAUUGCAGAUCUGGGACACAGUUGGCCAGGAAAGGUUCGAGUCUUUGAAUGCUGCGUACUAUGGUGGAGCAGACUGCUGUGUGCUGGUUUUUGACUUGACACGGUCCGAUACCUUUGGAAAAAUUGACUAUUUGAGGGACCAUUUUCUGAUCAAGGGCCACCCUCGAAAUCCAGAGAACUUCCCAUUUGUGGUGCUAGGCAACAAGAUUGACUUGGAAAACAGACAGGUGACCACCAAAAGGGCUCAGGCCUGGUGCCAAAGUAAGAACAACAUCCCCUACUUUGAGACCAGUGCAAAAGACGCCACAAAUCUAGAACAGGCAUUCCAGACAAUCGCAUGUAACGCACUCAAACAGGCCUCACGGAGGACAGAUGUGGAGUUGUACUUCCCAGAGCCCAUAGUAUUAGGAGAGAAUGAUGAAUCUAAGUCCUCAGCAAAAAGAUGCAGCUGCUAAGGGAAAACUUGGACUAUCUUCUCUCUUGGCUUUUUGGAAACACACUGUCACCUUUGUUACAUCACCUCCACCUCACACCCAGGGAAUGGAAACAGCCUACUGUUCUCCCUCCUCCAUCCCAUUGUUCGUUCCACCAACACUACCCUUCACACAGUGCACUGCACAUGGAAAGGCCCCCUCUAGCUUUAUACACAAAUUAAUACACAUUUCUAGCAUCUCUCUCAGGAAUCUUGGGGUAACCUUUGACUGAUUUUUCACUUUGAAUGCUCGCAUUAAAUCUCUGGUUCAUCUUUGCUUUUAUCACUUUAAAUCGAUUAAGAAACGGAGUCAAAUUCAAUUGUGUCAUGCUCUGAAUUGCACUGAAUAUUAUUCAUGUCUUUACUUCAUUGGGUUUAAGUUGCUCAUUUGUUUUGAUGGUUAUUAUCUUAACAAGACCUCCUUGGAACUUUGAAGGUUGCACCACUGACGAACUCUUCUAAAUACUCACAUAUCACACUGUUGCUACCUCAGCUGAACUGACUCCCGAUGAACUUCCAUGUACAUUUUAAGAUUUUCAUUUUAUUUUAUUUGUUUUGGUUUAUUUCAAUAAUAGACGAGCAUCAGUGUACAUCAGUGAACUUUUGCAUCCAUGUAUCUCCAGCAUAUCCCAGAGGUCUCAUGUGAUCAGGGCUUGCUGGAUCUGCAGCAUACAAAGAUAGAGAUGGAGUACAAAAGACAUCUCUCCCCCUGAGAUCUGUGGACUUGGUGGAUUAGUUUUUAAAAACUUAGAUUUUUGAACUUGUUUUGGAGUAAAUUGUUGUUCUUAUGUUUUAGCAUUUUGUUGUUAAACACUGAUAUUUAUCUUAAAAGAUCGUAUGUACAUAAAAAAAUGUUUGAUUUAUUUUACCCCCUCAGGUGUGUAAUUGCGUAACUCCUUAAUCACAGAUGCAGAGAACUGAUAUCAUUUUUUUCCCAUCUAUGUUGGCCUUCAGUUCACAAAGUUUUGAUUCACUGUAAACCAGUUGGUAUUAUUG